CUCUGCCGGUGUAUGUGUAUAUAUCGCGGCCAACAGGGACGAAGCGGUACGCUCUACUCACAGAGAGGAAAAAAAACCCCGCAGGACCAAGUGUCUGAGAACAUGAGACGGGACCUCUUUUAGCUAACCCGAAGCAACUGACGCCGUCCGUUCUCACCCCGGCUCUUUUCUCCUUUUGUUUUCGGUGUAAAACUUCAGCUCUGUCAGCAUUUACCGGUGUGCCACUCACCUCUAACACGUUACCUCUGACACGGGUUGUCACCGUUUGACUCUCGGGGCUUUUUGUCUAGGGGAAAGAAAAAGAAAAGCCCCAGCUUUACCGUGGACCUCUGAGCUACCUCUGAAAUCAGAGAAAAGUGGUAGCAGCCAGCAGACAGGAUCCUUUCUAGUCAGUGGGAUGUUAGAGCUCUGGAGGCAGGACCAGGACUGACUGAAGGAGCAUGGUGAAACACCAACCCCUCCAGGUCUAUGAGCGCCAGCUGUGUUUGUCAUGUAUCACUGGGAUCUAUGGUUGCCGCUGGAAACGCUAUCAACGUUCCCAUGAUGACACCACCAAGUGGGAGCUGCUGUGGUCCCUCAUCCUCCUUUUUACCUUCUGUCUGCUGCUGGUCUGGUUCUACUUCUGGUGGGAGGCUCAUAAUGACUACAACGAAUUCAACUGGUUCCUCUACAACCGCUCUGGGGUGUGGAGCGAUGGCACUGUUCCCAUCCUGGCCACCACCGCUGCUGGCUUCACCUAUAUUGCAUUUUUAAUGGUUUUGGCGCUUUGCCACAUUGCGCUUGGGCAACAAUUAAAUUUACACUGGCUCCAUAAGAUAGGAGUGACUGCUGCUCUGCUCACCACCAUCAUUGGGGUGAUAUCUGUCAAUCAAACAUGGGGACAAGAGUGGGAUGUCAUCCCUAUCUCCCUGCAGGCUACAGGUCCGUUCCUUCAUAUCGGGGCUCUUGCUGCGGUCACAGCACUGUCGUGGAUUGUGGCUGGACAGGUCGCCCGUGCAGAAAAAACAAUGUUCCAGGUGGUGGUCGUGCUGCUGUAUCUCAGUGUGUUACUGGGACUCUAUGUGAUGCCCCUCUACAUCACCUCCCCCUGCAUCAUGGAGCCCACUAGCCUCAAACCACGUCCUGAUGUUAUUGGUCACCAGGGAGCCCCCAUGCUUGCUCCAGAGAACACGCUGUGGUCCUUCCAGCGAGCUCUACAGAUGAACGUCACAGGGUUGGAAGCUGAUGUUGCUAUCAGCGUGGAUGGAGUGCCUUUCCUGAUGCACGACAGCACUCUGCGGAGGACCACAGACGUAGAGAAGGUUUUCCCAGACAGACAGAUGGAUGAAGCCUCAUUCUUCAACUGGACAGAUCUGCAACAGCUCAACGCAGGACAGUGGUUCCUUAAGGAUGACCCCUUUUGGACGGUGCACACCCUGUCCCAGCAUGAGAAGACUCUGAUUGCCAACCAGAGUGUGUGCAGCCUGGAGCAGCUUUUGAAGCUGGCCUCCUAUCAUAACAGCACAGUGGUUUUCAGGCUUAGGAGACCUCCCCCAGACCAUCCCUGCUACUACAGCUGGAUCAAUGAUACACUGCAAGCUGUGCAGCAAUCUGGGGUUCCUCCGAGCCUGGUGAUGUGGACCCCAGAUGAGCAAAGGGCCCAGGUGAGACAGCUGGCACCUGGUCUGAUCCAGACCUCAGUGGAGAAACUGAGUCCUCAAAGUCUCCAUCAGUCGGGCAUCAGCAGGCUGCUGCUCAGAUACAACCAGGCCAGUACACAGGACAUCAGUGAUUUCUCUGAGAGCCACAUCAACCUCACCCUCUACACUGUCAACGAGCCCUGGCUGUACUCGGUGCUCUGGUGCAGCGGGGUGUCAUCAGUCUCCUCAGAGGCCCCGCAUAUCCUCAGAAAGGUGCCUUACCCCAUCUGGCUCAUGAGACCACAUGGAUACUGCCUGAUGUGGGUGUCUGCAGACCUCAUCUCCUUUGCUGUAGUCAUAGGAAUAUUCAUUUUCCAGAACUAUCACAUGAUCAGGUAUCGGAUGAGCGGUAUGCACAGCUACAACCCUGAGCAGAUCAUGCUGAGCGCUGCAGUCAGGAGGUCUAGUCGAGACAUCAGCGUCAUGAAGGAGAAACUUAUCUUUUCUGAGGUGGGGAAUGGAGUUGGCAGUGCCGAGGAGCUGUAUGCAGAUAAUGGCUACGACUACUACACCAAUCAGGGCAUCAGCCAGUGACUGGAACUAAGCCUGUGUGAAUCUGCUGCAGUGAGACGGAGACUACAACACUCUGUUCAAAUCAUUCCUGUUUUAGUCGGUGUAAAGUCUGUUCUCCUCCUCUGUCCUACUGAUAAACUGACAGACUGCUGUAUCUGAUGGAGAAAACAACCACCCAGCUGCUGUGUGUACAUUGUGUAAAUAAGGUUUUUGCUUGUCAGACAUACUGUAUAUCACACGGGGCUACACGCACUUUUUAUUGAUGGAAUUCGCCAAAUCUGUGGCUUCCUCUCUCACAUUUAAAUGUCCAAGAGCCCCCCCCCCCCGAGUUACCAAGUUACAGAGUUUCCAGAUUCUUUAAGCUAAUUUUCCAAAGCAGUUUAUUAUUUUAAGCAGUGUAAGUGUAAAUGAUACUCUUCUCUUAGCGAAUGAAUUUCUUUUUAACAAGGCUUUUUACAAUCCUUUAUUGCAGCAUGAGCCUUCUGUCAGCACUCCAUUGUGCUGUUGUUCAUAAUAGUACUAACAUUAUAUUUGUAUUUAAAGAGGAAAAAACAAAAAACACAAACAAGCUGUUUACAGAGGUCCUGCCUUCUCCUCCAGGUGAAAUGUUCACAUGGUGUAUGUAAGAUAAUUAUUUUGAUAGAGGCUGAAUGAACCCCCUGCCCGACUUUUGAUCAGUGCAUGUUACAGGAAUGAUCAUAUCAAAUGACUUGUGUGAGCUGUGCUCCCAGUGUGUAACCAGAAGACGAACUGGUGAAAAUGGUUUGGGGUGGAGAUUAGUGCUGUCUUUUUAUGGUUAAUGUGAAUGUGUUAUGGUUUGUUUCUUUUUUUUUUUUUUAAGAUGUGUAAGGUGUAUUGUGUGUAUCCUGACUGGAAGUGUAUUUUUUUACCCUGUGUGCAGUGCUAUGUUGAAUGUGUUAUUGUAAAUAAGAGAUGAACCAGUGUGAGAGAUGCUCCAGCCAACUAAGAAUUACAUUUGAACAAUGUGACAGUUAAUUAAUUACAAUAGCAAUAGUCUGGCCAUGAUGGAAGUCAUUUCACUUCCUUCACAGCCUCUGGACUGCAGUUAGGUCUGUGGUAUUGUAUUGCUGACAAACAAAAUGCAUCUCAAUGUAAGUUUCUGGUGUAAAGCUGAAUGUUAUAAGAUAAAUGAAGUGGGUGCUAAAUGUGAAAAUAAAGCUCCAAGCUAAUUGAAGGGACGCUACUAGAGGUAUCACAGGAGGCAGCACAGGGUCAAGAAACUGAUUGCGUUUUGUGUUGACUUUCUUUCUUUGGGUAUUACUGUGCCUCAGAAGUAAAACAUUAAAAACUCUUCUAAUACAGGA